AUGACCGACCAUCUCCCUCCCCUCCCCGCCGAGUACGCCCGAGGUCUCGAGCUCAUCGACGCUGCUCAUGCCCAAGACUCAAGGACAGUCGAAGCCCCCGACGGCACCACGAUCCCAUUCGAGCUCAACUACGCUCAAAAGAUGACCAAGUGGCUCGCCAGCCGAUGCCCUGACGCCAGUCCUGUUCUCCAGCUCGCCUGUCGAGCACAGCACUUCCGAAGAUGGGAGAUCCCUCGAAGCAGUUACCCAAUGACUCGUCCCGGCUACUUGACUUGGAGAGCAAAGCUCAAGGCUCAGGCCGCCGAUCAAGUUGCCGAGCUCCUUGCUUCUCCAGAGAUUCAACCCCCCAUUCCCGAGGAGGACCGCGCUCGAGUGGCUGCCCUGAUCCGCAAGGAGAACCUCAAGGCGGAUGAAGAGACACAGGUUCUUGAGGACACAGCAUGCCUGGUCUUUCUUGACGAUCAGUUUGACGACUUUGAGAAGAAGUCGGAUCUGGACGAGGCAAAGAUGAUAGGCAUCCUCCAGAAGACAUGGGGCAAGAUGGGAGAAAGGGGCCGGGAGCUGGCCCUCGAGAUGAACCACAGCGACAGGGCCAAGGAGCUGAUAGGAAAGGCACUCGCUGGCUGA